AUGGCGUCUAAAGCCAAUGCCGAGUGCUUGCUCAAUACUACAGAAUGCAUGUUGCAGACUGUCGCAAGUAUCCUCACCGAAAUCCAGGAGCAGAACAGUGAAUAUAACUGGGAUCCUCUGACAUUUAUUUUCACGGCUAUCAUAGGCGUUAUUGCCAUUGCCUUCGCGGCUUUAACCGCCUUUCAAGCUUUCUUAACUGCCGGUCCUGGCCGAACGAAAUCUGGAGCUUAUGCCAUCGGUCUGUGGUCACGGCACAAUUAUCGCAGGUUUGACCGGUCAGAGAUGAGAUUUCGCACCGUAUCGUCUACUCCAGUUCUUACGGUCGAGUCUCUUUUGGAAGGAUCAAGCGAGAGCUCAAUACGUUCCCAUGGAGGGUCAGGAGUGCUCAGGAAACACCAAGAAGAUUACUUUCCUGCCACAUGGCUUGCUUUGUUGACACACCUUUCCCUAGACUAUCCCGAAAGUUGGAAACAGGUGAAACUAACUGGAGCGGAUUUCAUCCCCUCAGAGUUCUCGGCUGUCCCAGCAUAUGGCUCAAUAAGAUUUGUUGCAACUCUGGCUCUGAUUCUCUCGCGAGGAUUUGGUCGUCUAACCCUUGAUCGAGAAUCUGGCUUACCAAGGGUUCGCCAUGCUUGGUUCCAUCUUAUAUUUCGGCAACAUCCACUGAUGGGCACGAUAGGGUUCUUCGAGAUAUAUGGGAAAGUGCGCUCUGAGCAGCUUAUCUCGCGCAGGGAGAUUCGCAGACAAUUUUUCCAAGCCCACGGUCAAAUGGAAAUCCCCGGAGUCGCACCUAGAGAGGAUCAAGACAACCUAUUGAUUGAGGCGGGCCAACUACUUACCUUCAAUGAGAUGGGGGAUAGAAUGUUAAAGAGCCUUUCACAAAGAGUGUACAACAGAAAUGCCUCGAUCGUAAGGAAGAGCCAAAUCCAACAGGGUCCUCUGUUCCUAUUGAUCGCAGAUAUCCCUGAUGACAGUUUCCUCCCAAUUAUCUUUCCGCACAAGAAAGCCAGACUCCGCGAACGUCUUGAUACUCUUUUACUUCAAAGCCGAUCCUGGGGAUUACAGUCCCUAGCCCUCUGGGACCUUUUCCCCUACCCACUAACGAACGUCGCCAAUAGCAGUCUCCACGUGACCGACACUGCUAAUUCAUGGGCUAAAUCAACAAUUAGUCCUGAUAUUCACGAGCUUGAACUGAAUAACGGAGUCUACGAGGCGUCUUUGUUGUGCCUCAACGAGAACACAACUAAGGACAUCGUCUACAAUUUGUCACCCGAGACUCGAUUUAUUGUCUUGAAGGAACUGAAAACUAUCGAUUCAUGGUUAAAACAGAUUGAGUCCCAAGUCCUCUGCAGAAAGCUCACACUGAGCAUCAUUGGGGAUGGGAUUCGACAAAUAGUUGAAUCUGUUCAGCAACAGGCUAUUUCCGAGGCCGCGCCCCAUGCCAAGAAUGCAACAGCACUAUCUAACCGUUCUGGAUUGGUAGGGAAACUUACCUGUUUCUUGCAGGCUGUUAAGAAUCCUGGCUGCUUCAAUUGCCUUUAUUCAGCUGGGCGGGCAUAUCGAACAAAGCCUCCAGAGGAAGUCAUACGCAGCACAUCUGAAGGUCUCGAGAAAAUUUGGGAUAUUUGGCGAAUCACAAAAACGCCCCUGGAGGACGACGGUGAUGGAAGUGAUGUUGGCGCUCAUGGAGGCGAAGAGUAUAAGUGUCACGCAUGGAAGAUACCUGAUGAGACCGAUCACCCAUUGGAUGGGGUCCUUAUCUAUCGUGCGGUUUUAGUAACCAUCUUGUAUUCUUUGGUCUGCGAUAGCAGCGCCUUGCUUAGUGAAGACUUAGGGCUAAUUGUUCCAAUUAUGUAG